GCUGACCAAUCAAAGCUGAAGGGUGUAGCCCCUGAUUGUCCUGGAAGGGUAUAUGUAGGAUGGUCAGGAGGCCUGAGGUAGACCACUGGGAGGCUUCAAUAUGGCGAAAAUAACCAGGAAACCACAGGAGCCUAAUAGAGAUGUAGACCAACCAACCUCAAGCUCCAAAGGGAAGCAGAAGAUGAAGAGUCCCCAUCAACCUGGGUCCAGAGGUGGUGGAAAAGUACUGAAGACAACCAUGAAGAUAAAAAGACCCCUUCAAAGAAGUUCGAGUAAGAAAGUCUCUGAAAAAACCACCAAAUUCAUAAGAAAGCCUAAGAAAGCUAAAGGAACAAUGCUAUUUGGUCACUACCACAGGCUGAAUAAAAAGAUGAAUCAAAAUGAGCCAGAGCAGGACCCAGAAAGCCUGGAAAAGUCCACCACAUCAAGUGAUGACCUGGGCAGCCAGUAACUUCAGAGCGAGCUAUCUGAGAAGCCUCUGAGGUCUGGCCCCUGAGAAAUGGCCAAUGGUGUAGAUGUCAUUUUACAGCAACAGGGUGCCCUGAUGGUGAUUUAAAUAAAACGG